GGGAGGUACCGAUUGCUCCUAACAUGACGGAUAAAACGGAGGAAGGCAGCAAUUACCUCCCUGUUCGCUUCUGGGGUCUCAAUCCGUUGUUUUGGUGUCACAUGAAAAUGUUUGUCAAGGAGGUGCAAAGUUUAGAGGAGUACUCUGAUCACAAAGGAGUGUAUUGUUAUUCCAAGAAUCUUCCUGUUGUGAGGGUGGAAAUUCUUGGAUACAUAGUUAGUGUAGAUGUAAGGGAGAAACUCACAACUUAUGGAGUUGAUGAUGGGAGUGGCACAAUUGCCUGCUGUUGUUGGCACUCCUCAGAUCCAAAUGAGGAUAGAAGAGAAUCGUAUGACCUUGGUCAGCUAGUGACAGUACAAGGCAAGAUAUCUGUUUUCAGAGAGCAAAGGCAACUGACUGUUGAUCAGAUAUACCCAGAGUCAGACCUCAAUGUGGAAGUGCUUUUCUGGUUAGAAGCUGUUAAUCUUGGCAACACAGUCUACAAACAACCGUUUACUCCAUCACUCAAAGAUUUUCAAGCAGGAAAUGGUGCUUCUUCCAAGGAACAGGAACUAAAGAAAGCUAUUUUGAUGCACCUUAAGGAAAAUAAGAUGGUGGCAUUCCAGUUCAGGACAUUAUGUCUAGAGCCUGACAUACAACAGCUAGCGAGGGAAGCAGUCAAGGAAAAAUGCACCAAUCAGGACGAAGCGAAAAAGAUAGAUCGUGCUUAUGAAGCAAAGAAAGUCAUUCGACAAUCAGUUAAAGAUCUAGAAAGAGAUGGCUUGGUGUACUUUAAAGACUCCAGUAAAGAUCUUUAUGAGGUUAUCAGUCAUGAACACAACCUUGGACCAGCCAUCUUGAAAGCAAUUAAGAAAAUUUCAGGUAAUCAACAGAUGAGUUGGUCCAUCAGUCUGUGAGACAACACCAACCACAAUGUUAAUAUAAAAGUUAAAAUACCUAAAAUCUAUGACUGUACAAAAUCAAGGUGAAAUGUGGGAAUAACUCUGAUUUGGCAUUUCAGUAGGGUUGAUUACCAGCCAUUGUUCAAGAAAGGAACCUGUGCUCCUCCCUUAAAGUUUCCUGGGGGGACUCCUCUCUGAAAAGGUGAGAGAUGCUCAUUCUCUUGCUUAAGGAUGUAAAUCAAGGAUUCUGGUCUCACUUAGGGUGUUCAUGAUGAAAAGCCACCAUUUUAGCUAUCAGAGUGUCUUUUAGGGUGCACUUGAGGAAAUAACAAUUAAAAAAUGCCUCUAGAGUCCGGUCUACUAGUCUGGGAUCCCUUCCUGAACAGUGUCUGGUAAUCAAGCCUAUCCCAUUUUAAGUGGUAUCUUUUAGGUGUCAAAUAAAGCUUGAGCCACGCUCAGACUGGUCUCCUCUAGGGGUUUACUUCAAAUUUACAGAUGAACAUCCCCAAACUUUUGAUAAUUUUGGUAGACCCCCCCUCCCCUCCCGCCCUCGCCUCCUUCUUCUCAGGGAGAAGCUUUAGGCACUGGACCCUAGGAAGGGGUGGAAAUUGAGCCUACAAUCAUGGACAAAAGUCUUGGGACAAAUUUGCACUUUUGGCGCUUUUGUGCACACGCCAGAUGCGAAUACAACUUCCCCUGCCUAACCUCGCCCCCCACCCCCCAUACAGUGUUGAAAACUAGUACCUGCAAUUUCACCUGAUUUUC